AUGCAUGGAUUUUGGGGAGCUCGAAUCGAGUUGUUUAGACACACAGCUUUGAAUUCGGUUCCGUCGGUCGUGAUUCAGGGUCCAAUGUUCAAAAACAGACCACUGCUAAUAGUUAUGGUUGUCUAUCCGUUCAUUUUGAACGCGUAUUCGGUGAUUCUCCGACGUGAGUUGAAAUCCACUCCACAUCACGUGCACUGUGCUGCCUUUGCCAUCACAGGUGCUGCUCAAAAAGUGAAAGGUCAAAGGCGGGGCUUUGCGUUACAACAGGCUGAUGGUCUAUUAGUUGCUCGUCGAGGUGAAUCGCCAAGUCCCAACUUAGAACAUCCCACGCGUAUUUGA